AUGUGUCAUUGCUACUCCAACGAUCCACACGCCGUGAUGGACGACGCGAAUCGAUGUAAAAAUAAAAUGAACCAAGCCAGUGCGCUAAUCGACGGUUUGAGUGGCGAAAGGGUGCGUUGGACAAAUCAAUCGGCACUUUUCAAAGCCGAAACCGAAAGGCUGAUCGGUGACAUCGUCAUUCUCGUCGGAUUCCUCAGUUACUCGGGUCCGUUCAAUCAAGAGUUUAGGGUACUUCAGCAGCAGGUCUGGCUCAACGCACUUCUCAAUCUGAAAAUACCGGUCUCAAACGACAUUAACAUUACGGAUGCUUUAAUCGAUACAGCGACGAUUGGCGAAUGGAACUUGCAAGGUUUGCCAACGGACGAUCUGUCUAUUCAAAAUGGAAUUAUCGUUACACGAGCGGCGAGAUAUCCUUUGUUAAUAGAUCCGCAGAGUCAAGGAAAGAAUUGGGUAAAGAAUAUGGAAAAAGACAACCACUUAAUUGUUACCACACUAAACGAUAAGUAUUUCAGGAACUACAUAGAGGAUUCGGUCUCGCUAGGUUAUCCAAUGCUAAUCGAGGACGUAUUGGAGGAGCUCGAUCCUGUGUUGGAUAACGUGAUGGAGAAAAAUCACAUUAAAGUAGGCUCGAGCUACAAGGUCAAGGUUGGAGACAAAGAAGUUGAUUAUCAUCCGAGCUUCCGGCUUUAUAUCACUACAAAACUGGCGAAUCCCAAUUACAGUCCCGAAAUUUACGCGAGAGCGUCGAUCAUCGACUUUACCGUUACAAUGAAAGGUCUCGAAGACCAGUUAUUGGGAAGGGUGAUACUGACGGAAAAGAGGGAACUGGAAACCGAACGAACGAACUUGAUUAAGGACGUGACUGCGAACAAGAGGAAAAUGCUGGAACUGGAGGCUAACCUGUUGUAUAAGUUAACGACAACUCAGGGUUCGUUAGUUGAUGAUGAAUCCGUCUUGGAGGUGCUGAACGUGACCCAAAACACCGCCGCAGACGUGCGCGAGAAGCUGAACGUUGCUAAGGAGACUGAGACGAAAAUCAAUGCAGCUAGGGAAGAAUUCCGAGCUGUUGCUAGACGCGGAAGUGUCUUAUACUUUUUGACCACAAGCAUGGCAAUGGUAAACUGUAUGUACCAAACUUCCCUGGAGCAGUUCUUAGAAAGAUUUGAUAUAUCGAUGCACCGUUCAGAAAAAACUCCGAUCACAUCUAGACGCAUUAACUUCAUCAUUGAAUACAUGACGUAUGAGAUUUACAAAUACAAAUCGCGAGGUUUAUACGAAGUGGAUAAGUACAUGUUUGUGCUCCUUCUGACACUUAAAGUAGAUAUGAAUCGCAAUUAUGUCACUCACGAAGAGUUUCAGUAUUUGAUUAAGGGAGGUGCUGCUUUAGAUCUAAAUGCUUGUCCUCCAAAGCCGGCGAAAUGGAUCACAGAUACAACCUGGCUUAAUCUCGUGGAACUCGCAAAAUUGUACCAAUUUCAAAACAUUUUGACCCAGGUGGAAAACAACGAGCGGUCUUGGAAGGCGUGGUUCGACAAGGAUGCGCCGGAAGAUUCUCCGAUUCCGGAUGGUUACCUUUCUUUGGAUCCCUUUAAAAAAUUGUUAAUGAUCCGCGCGUGGUGUUCCGAUCGUACUUUAACUCAAAGUCGCAAAUAUAUAGCCGCGUCGAUGGGACAGCGUUUUGCCGAACCGAUAAUACUAAAUAUGGAAGCUCUCCACUCGGAAAGCCGACCCUCGACCCCGCUCAUUUGUUUCUUAACAACCGGCGCAGAUCCAACUCCUUACAUUGAACAGUUGUCGAAGAGAAUGGAAAAUAUGACCAAAUGUAUGUCGAUGGGACAAGGUCAGGAGAUACACGCUAGGAAGCUUUUGGCACACGCCAUGAGUGAGGGCUACUGGGCGUUACUACAAAACUGCCACUUAGGAUUGGAGUAUAUGAUGGAAAUUUUACUCAUCUUCCUUGAACUGGAAAAAAAGGGGGGCGCCGGAGCUCACCCCGAUUUUAGACUGUGGCUCACCACUGAGGUGCAUCCGAAAUUCCCGAUCAGCUUGCUGCAAAUUUGCAUUAAAUUCACAAAUGAACCGCCGUCUGGCAUUCGUGCUGGUCUCAUGCGCACGUAUGGAUCCAUGAACCAAGACAUGCUGGACAAAAACGACCAAUGGCAGUAUCUUCCCCUCAUUUACGCAAUCUCCUUUCUGCACACCGUUGUGCAGGAACGUCGCAAGUUUGGACCGUUAGGAUGGAAUAUACCUUACGAGUUUAACUCCGCCGAUUGGCUCGCCAGUUGCAUGUUUUGUCAAAAUCAUCUCGACGAUGUCGAUCCCUUAAAGGGCCCCAGCUGGAGCACCAUUAGGUAUAUGAUUGGAGAGGUGCAAUAUGGAGGUAGAGUGACCGACGACUAUGACAAGAUUCUACUGAACACUUUUGCUCAAGUGUGGUUUACCGAUGGGAUGUUCAAUGAAGACUUCUGUUUUUACAGAGGAUAUAAAAUUUUUAGGUUCAAGCAACUUGCCGACUACUUCAAAGCGUUUGAGGAUAUGCGUCCGACCGAUCCUCCGCAAGCUUACGGAUUGCAUCCCAAUGCCGAUAUAACGUACCAAACCAAUGUAACUACGACCAUGCUUCAGACGAUUUUGUCGAUUCAACCAAAAUCGUCUGGAGGAGGCGGGGAAUCGCGAGAGUCUUCGGUGGCAAGACAAGCAACGGAAAUGCUCGCAAAGGUGCCAUCCGAUUACGAUCCUUACGAAGUUAAAGAGCGGUUACGGAUUAUGGGGAUCUUAAAACCAUUAAAUAUCUUCCUACGCCAGGAGAUUGACAGAAUGCAACGGGUCAUUAAACUUGUACGAAUUACUUUGAGAGACCUACUGUUAGCGAUCGAGGGUACCAUCAUAAUGAAUGAGUCCCUUAGAGAUGCUCUAGACAUGAUUUACGACGCAAUGGUACCGAUGGUUUGGCGCAGAGGUUCUUGGUUAUCCAGUUCGAUUGGAUUUUGGUUCACUGAACUUCUGGAAAGGAAUGCCCAAUUCAGAAGCUGGUGUUUCGUAACGAAACCUCCAGUGUUUUGGAUGACGGGCUUCUUUAAUCCCCAAGGUUUCUUAACGGCAAUGACUCAGGAGGUAACCAGAGCGCACAAGGGUUGGGCUUUAGAUCAGGUGGUCUUGCACAACACAGUCACUAAGUCCUCUUGUGAGGAAGUGAAAUCCGGCCCUGCGGAGGGAGUCUACAUUCACGGUCUCUACAUGGACGGAGCCGGAUGGGAUAGAAAAAAUUGUCGUUUGGGGGAAUCUAUCAAUAAGGUCUUAUACACGCUAAUGCCCGUUAUACAUGUCUUUGCCAUUUUCUCAACUUCACCUAAGGAUCCAGCUUUAUACAAGUGUCCCGUUUACAAGAAACCAAGACGAACAGAUUUGAACUUUAUAACUCCGUUAUGGUUGGUAACGCUGAAACCUCCCCAGCAUUGGACGUUAAGGGGCGUUGCACUUCUGUGUGAUAUUAAAUAAGUGUUUUGUGUUAGUUAUAGGUGUUUUUGUAGCAGUAUACAAUUAGCUCGAUUCUAAUAGUAUCUACUUAGCGUUUUA